AUGGCAGUCAGAGAAGCCUCGCAUGCGGGUUCAUGGUACUCGGAUAACGGCGGGCAGUUAUCAGCGCAACUGGACGUCUGGUUGUCUAAAGUGCCCGAGAAGAAUAUCCUGCCUGGAGUGGAAAGGCUACCAUUACCGGGGGCGAGAGUGGUUAUAUCUCCUCAUGCUGGAUACGCAUAUUCUGGCCCUUGCGCAGCAUGGGCGUAUAAGUGCCUGGAUCUGUCCAGAGCUAAGCGCAUCUUCAUCCUACACCCAUCUCACCACCACCACCUGAGCACAGCGGCGCUCCCAGUGGUGGACGCAUACGAGACUCCUCUGUCCGAGACCCCUCUACCUCUCGACCGUGAAACCAUUAAACAGCUCUCCAGCCUGUCUACCACCGCUCAAGGUCGAACGAUCAAAUUCACCACCAUGUCUCAAUCGAUCGACGAAGCCGAGCAUAGUGCCGAGAUGCAAUUGCCAUAUAUCCAUCGCCUACUGCAGAAACUAUACCCCGACCAGCCCGAAUCCUCAUAUCCUCCACUCGUGCCGAUCAUGGUCGGCGGGACGAAUCCGGCGACCGAAGAAGCUCUAGGAAAGAUGCUGGCACCAUACAUUGCAGACGAGCAAAAUGCAUUCGUCAUAUCGUCCGACUUUUGUCACUGGGGAAGCAGAUUUGGGUACACUUAUUACCUUCGGGACGCACCCAGUCCGGCGGUGUCACCGCUGAUGCUUCCGAACGGUGUUGGUGGAGAGCACACCACGGCGCGAGAGUCGACGAAUGAAGAUGUCCAUAAGACACCCACGCUGAGUCAAGGGGAGGAGCUUAGAUCAAAUAGUAAACUCCCGAAAGGCGGGCCUCAGAUAUAUGAGAGCAUAGCACAUGCGGACCGAGCUUGUAUGUGCGCGAUUGCCACUGGGAGGCAUUCGGAGCUGCUUCGUGUGCUGCGAGAAACAGGGAAUACCGUGUGUGGCAGACAUCCCAUUGGAGUAUUCAUGGCUGGCGUGGAGGAAGUUGAACGACGGGAAAAGGAGAAGGAGAAGGACCCGGACAAUGCCCGAAGGAGUUUCAGGUUCAUGAGGUACGAGAGAAGCAGUGAUGCUGUGAGCGUCAGGGACAGCAGCGUCAGCUAUGUGAGUGCAUUCGCGGUACUCUGA